CACGUAUUUACUCUUCUUGAAAACUGCUACCGCACCUGCUGCAUGCAAAAUGCCUGGGGCAGGAGAGCCUGAGCAUUAAUGCUGCUAAGGAACAGGCUGGGAACCGAAUUCCACCCUGGAGACAAGGAGGGCUGAGAAAUAUUUCCAAGCAUUUUUCCUCUCAGCUUCACUGUGCCUUGUGUCUUACUGUCCAGCUCCUUCUGAGUGUAAGGAUCACAAAAUACACUUAAAACAUAUAAGAAAUGGGCUUUAUAGUCAAGUAGGAUGUUCGGCGGAACUUGUGAAUUUACCUUGGAAUAUUCAAUAUAUUUUGUUGGAAACUUAAAACCCGGACACGUGUUGGCAUAGCUUUCCGGAAAUUCCUGCUUUAUUGUUUUCUUCCCAUAUUCUUUAAUUUGCUGACUUUUGCCAGAAGAAUUUACUGCUGCGAGAAAGAGUACUUGAUAGUUCAGAUUUUUCCUAUGACAAUCGACCAUGUGACUGCCUUAUUGUUUAUAAUUGUUUUUGAGUGUCCUAUAAAAAUAAAAAAGAAAUAAAGAUUGGAAAUGGAUACUUUGUAAUCUUGAAGAUGGCAAGGCUCGUGACCAAUGGAAACAGAACAUUUUCCGAUUCCACGGAAUUCGCAUCCUAAUGCGAACUUUAACGGAUAUCAUUAAGGAAUCGCCAGCACCUAUAUAAUGCUUGAAGACCGAAAUGCUGUUGUUUGGUCCACAGGUUCAUUGCCUUCUACAUCCAGCCUUAUUCCUAAAGCAACCUACAGGAAAAUUAAACGGUGCUUUAGUUUCCGGAGAGGCAUCUUUGGUCAAAAGUUGGAGGAAACCGUGCGCUAUGAGAAGAGAUAUGGGACGCGCCUUGCCCCCAUGCUGGUGGAACAGUGCGUGGAUUUUAUCAGGCAGAGAGGGCUGACAGAAGAAGGAUUGUUUCGACUUCCAGGCCAAGCUAACCUAGUCAAAGAAUUACAAGAUGCCUUUGACUGUGGCGAGAAACCAUCAUUCGAUAGUAACACAGAUGUCCAUACAGUAGCAUCACUUCUGAAACUUUACCUAAGAGAACUGCCAGAACCAGUUAUCCCAUAUUCAAAGUAUGAAGAUUUUAUCUCCUGUGCAAAGCAGCUCAGUAAAGAAGAGGAAUCAGGUGUUGCAGAACUAGUGAAACAAGUGAAAGCUCUUCCAACUGUUAAUUUCAAUCUGCUAAAAUACAUUUGCAGGUUUCUGGAUGAGGUUCAGUCUUAUGCUGGAGUCAAUAAAAUGAGCGUUCAGAACCUGGCUACAGUGUUUGGUCCAAAUAUUCUACGCCCAAAGGUUGAAGAUCCCAUGACUAUAAUGGAAGGUACUGUAGUUGUGCAACAGUUAAUGGCCAUGAUGAUCAGUGAACAUGAAAUCCUCUUUCCUAAAGACACAGACAUUCAGGUUCAAAUUGGACAAGAACUAAGCAACAACAAUAAUGACAUACAGAAGAAAAUGAUACUCGGCCAGAUACAGAACAAAGAAAAUAAUAACACAAAGGAUGUAGCAGUUAGAAGGUGCUCUUGGGAAAAGACUGAAUCCCCACAGAGGUCAAGUACUGACACUGGCUCCCCUAAUACGCUGUCUGGAAGUAAGUCCAACAGUCCUAGGAAUAGCAUUCAUAAGCUAGACAUUACUCGAAGUCCACCACUGAUGGUCAAGAAAAAUCCAGCGUUUAACAAAGGUAGUGGCAUUGUUACCAAUGGUUCUUUCAGCAGUUCUGUUGAAGUCCAUGACAAGCAUCACUCAUUGCCUAAUGGUACGUUACAGGCCAGGAGAGCUUCCUCUCUGAAGGGUUCAGGAACCAAAAUGGGCACUCACAGUGUUCAAAAUGGUGCAGUGAAAAUGGGAUUGUCUGGAACAGAAACCCUGAGCAAUGCAUUGAACAAUCGGACCCAAAGUUGGUUGCCCAAUGGGUACGUCACAUUGAGAGACAACAAACAAAAGGACUCUGCCAACGACUCAGUACAACAGCAUAGAUUAUCUACGUAUGAUAAUGUUCACCAGCAGUUCACCAUGAUGAAUUCCGAGGAUAAGCAAAGCAUAGACAGCGCAACCUGGUCUACUUCAUCCUGUGAAAUAUCUCUCCCUGAAAAUUCCAAUUCUUGCCGCUCAUCUACCACAACCUGUCCAGAGCAGGACUUUUACGGGGGUAAUUUUGAGGACCCUGUUUUAGAUGGGCCUCCCACUGAGGACACAACCAACACAACAGACUUUGAAAGCAAAUUUGACAGAAGAAGUGCAGGGGGUCGCAGCAGUAGGGCUACCAGCAGCAGUGAUAACAGUGAAACCUUUGUAGUGAGCAACACAAGCAAUCACAGUGCUCUUCACAGCCUUGUAUCCAGUUUAAAGCAAGAGAUGUCAAAGCAGAAAAUGGAGUACGAAACAAGAAUAAAAGGUCUAGAACAGAGGAAUCUCACGCUGGAGACGGAAGUUGUAUCCUUACAUGAAGAACUAGAGCAAGAGAAAAAGAAAUUCACAAUGGUAGAAAUAAAAAUGAGGAAUGCCGAACGUGCCAAGGAAGAUGCAGAGAAGAGGAAUGACAUGUUGCAGAAGGAGAUGGAACAGUUUUUUUCGACCUUCGGGGACCUAACAGUGGAACCCCGUAGGCCAGAGAGAGGGAACACAAUUUGGAUUCAGUAAAGUUGCCUAUACCUGCAGGACUUGAAAUAAAAGCUGUUGAUUUUUUUUAGAGGAGGAUAUUCAGGUGGCUGGUCACCUGGCUAAGGCUAGAAUCUGUAUUAUUGCUAACCAUUCACGGGUCGGGGUAAAACAAAGCAAGAUUAAACACCAUCAUCAGUAGUAUUCACCAAAAGCUAUUAUCACAUGCUCCAUAAUGCUACUGUCAAGUGUUACAACUGGAUUUGUGUACAUAGAGUAUAAAAAGUGUUAUGUUAUAUUAAAACAGAAUUGUAUUCCAAGAAUUAUUGCGAUGCAAGUCUUGUAUUUAAACUGGCAGAUUGAUAUGUUUUGUCGCCGUCUAGCUUUAUAUGAAGUCAAUAUAUCCUUGCACUUAACAUAAGAAGAUAUUUUUGCGCAUUGUGCUGCCAUUAGCUUAUUUUGUAUAUUAACUGUGAUUGUUCCCAUAUCGAUAGGGGAAUGAACAAAAAUUAUAAAAAAAAAAAAGUAUAGGAUAAUACUUUGUGGCUUUGAUGUUUGUGCCAACAAACGUGCUAUGACCAAAAGGAAGUGUACACCAUUUUAUAAAGGAUUUCAGUAAGACUGGUCAUGUCUGUCUGUCUGUCUCUCUCUCUCUCUUUUUUUUUAAAAUUAUUAAAUGACAAAUAAUUGACACUGUUCAGAAAAAUAUUAAAUGUUUUGGUAAAUUCCACUUAACAAAUGGUAAUAUUUAAUAUUAAAUAGUUACUUUUUAUUAACAAAAAAAAUGCCUUUUCCAUUUUGAGGAGCAGCAAAGUCUACAUGGUACAACGCUGUCUCCAUUUUGUAUCCCGACAGGGAUGCUAAUUUAAGAUUGGUCCUUUUUAGUUCGAUCUGCUUAACCCAUAGUUAACGGCAGUUUGUUUGAAACAGAAAACACCAUAAAAUAUUUCUUUUUUUUUUUUCAUAUAUUAUUUUACAUUUAACAGAACUAGUCAUCAACAAUCCAGAGUAUGGUCUUUAUUUAACAGUUCUCUAUAUUGUAUGUAAAUGUCUGUACAUAGUUUAAAUUAUUAUCACUAAAAUGGAUUUUACUGUACAGAUAGACUGUAAUCCCUGUUUUAAUUAUCAUGCACAUAGCUAGUACAAUGUAUUAUGUUAUCACUUGGAGAUCUUAUUCAGAUCAUUGUCAGAGCAAUAUGUACAUUAUGAAAUCUAUUUUGGUCAAAAUAAAGUAUUCCUCUAUAUUGAAGGAAAUAUCCCUUUAAUUUACUAUUUGCACUGGUAUAUACUGAUAUAACCAAUUAUUUUAUCUGAAUAAAUAUGACAAAUAGUUGCUGGGCCCAAAGCACGAAAAAAUGCUAUGACCAUAUCAACUUAAUUGCAAUAGGGGGAAGGAGAAUUCUCUAU